AAGAUUGGGAAUCGUUGAUGCUUCUUCGAAGACGUGAGCUUGAUGCUCCUCCUGCUCCAAGAAACUAAGAUCGAUCCUGGAAAUAUGGGAGUUCGACUGGCUAUUAUUUCUGCGAUUAUUUUGUUAAUGAUAUUCUUUUUCCUUUCUCCGUUUCUGUAGCUGACGCGGUCGCUGUUCCUCGCCAGCGCCGCCGUCCUCGCUCCACUCCCUCCCUCUAGCAAGAAGCCAUGCUGCAUCACCUGAGAUCCGCCGCGGCGAGCGCUCCCGGCCAUCCGCUGGCGCCGCCGGAAGAUGGCGACGACCACGACGGGGAGAGCGCAAGGGCUGUCACCGUAUCCGACCAGAGGACCAUCUACCUGGUGAACAUGUUCAUAGCGAACACGGUGGAGUUCCUCAACUCCUUCGCUGCCCUCUGCAACGACAAGCUCGCGCUCCUCCACAGGAAGGUAGUGAAACUGGACUCAUCUCUUGCCCUUCUGGAAGCAAAGCUGCAUAGUAUUGAUGGGAAUGAUGCUUCGGGACACUCAACAAGCCACAAGGCACACCAAUCUUUAACAGAUGACAAAAUAUUUGAUUCGGCAAGUUUAAUGGGUGAAUCCUCUAGGUCUGGUGAUGGUGAUUCUUGACUAGGCUAUACUGACAGGAAGCAUGCGGAAAAGCCAAGAGUCGGAUUUGUUGGAUCAAGAAGUUUUGUCAAGCCCGAAUUCAGUCUAGCCAUGGGGCAUUGUACCUGUGCAUGGCAGUGCUAUAUGGUCUCUGUACACCAUUUACAGGUGAGGGCAACGAAUACUAUUCAGCUAAUGAAGAUGAGAUGGUCAUGUUGAUAGUUUUAUGCACAUUGAAAGUUUGAAACCUUUGGAUUUGGCUAAUUCUUGCUUUCUAGAUGUAGCCGUACGUGUAUUGUCGACUGUUUUUGCACAUAUUUAAGCUCUGCAACUCCGAGAUUUACUGCGAAUGACCUGAGCUGCGAACUUUCAAUCUUCUUAUCAGUAUGGCCUUUUAAAUGUCAUUUGUCUGGAGAAAUGGUAUUUUGUAACAAUUGCGUAAACUGUGUUUUUGCACUUUAGGCUGUGAAUGUGAUGGCAUAAGGACCAGCAUUUAUAAGAAGAAAUCUAACUCCAGACCUUCAGGUGCAUGACCAGCAUUUGUAAGAAAAAAAGUCGCAUAACCAUAACCUUGUGCCGAACUGAUUAUUCUGGAAUCGUUAAAGGAUUUACUUCAAUUGUUAAAAAUAUUUUUUUUGAGGAAUUGUCAAAAAGAAAAUCCUUGAGACCUUGGACAGGUGCAAUACAGUGAAACGAACGAUCAACAGUGGCGCUGCCUUGUUUUUCUUUUUGAAGGGGGCCUUCCUGUAUUCUGGUCUUUACUUUAUGCUCAGUAAGAAGCCCGUUAGAAAGGCCCAGCCCAAAAAACGCUUGCUUACGAGGCCAAUGGAGCCCGAGACCGAUCGAAUCGCCGAACCAGAUCACCACCACCGACCGUUCCGGCGCCGGCGCCUCUGAAAAAGGGGAUCCAAGCAACCUCGAGCUCGGCUGCACCCCUGUUCCCUCGGGGGCCGGUUCCCACGAGCAUCCUGCCGCGGCGGGAGGAAGGUCUUCUUCAUGCGCUAGCGGCGGCAGAUCAGUUGAGGUGCUGUGUUGCAUGCUAGCUUGUACUUUUACAGAGUUUAGUGCGUACUUUGGAAGAAAUGGAAGGUACAGAAAGGCGAAUGGUGUUUGUCACCGUAGGGACUACAUGUUUUGAUGCUCUUGUCAAGGCAGUAGAGUCUGUGGAAGUGAAAGAAGCGUUACUUCAGAGGGGUUACACUCAUCUUCUUAUUCAGAUGGGCCGAGGGACAUACAUGCCGUCCAGGGUCUCAAGCAAUUCAACUCUUCAAGUUGAUUAUUUCACCUUUUCACCAAGCAUUGCUGACUACAUAAGAGAAGCAUCCUUAGUCAUCAGUCAUGCAGGUUCUGGAAGCAUAUUUGAGACACUACAACUUGGCAAACCUCUUAUUGUUGUUGUGAAUGAAGAUCUUAUGGAUAAUCACCAGAGCGAGUUAGCGGAGGAACUAGCCGACAGGAAGCACCUUUUCUGUGCCCGCCCACAAACACUGCAAGAGACAGUUGAGGCAAUGGACCUGAAUACUCUCCUACCUUACACGCCAGGAGAUGCCAAGCAAGUUGUCACACUGAUCAACAAAUUUUUUGGCUUUCCAUUCGACUGAUUGUCUCUGUUUCUGUUCACUCUAUGAAAAAUAGAGAGAUCAUAGAUGGUAGCGAUGCAUGCGCACAAACAGCGGUUAUAUGGGAAAAUGUCAGCUCUAAGCUAAGAGCAUUGAACA